CCCCCUCCUGCCUGGCGGGUCCGCGAGGCCCCGGGGUUCUUACGGCCCGGUUGUGUUUGGGAAGUAGUCAGGAAGCCCCCAAAACCGAACAGAGGCGGCCAGCGGAGGGGGGCUGUCUGCAGGAGGAAGGGGCGAGGCGCCGGGACAGUCUUGGCCAGCCCAAGCCGGGGGAGGCUUCCUUUCGGCGUCUGACAGCCUUGGGGCGGGCUGGGGGGCCUGAGGCCGGCCCUGGAGGGGCUGCUUCGGAGCCUUUCAGAAAGGAGGGCAAGGACUUCGUCAGGCCCUUUUCUCCCGGGCCUCCCGCGCCGAUUUAGCGCUGCGCAUUCGGACGCUUCACCUGCUGGCCAGCGGUGGGCUCCUCCCUGGGACCUCUGGUAGACUCUUGGUCCGAGAUCGCCGGGGUGGGCUAAGAGGGGAGCAUGGACGCGGCAGGGAGACGCUUGCUCUAGUUAAGUUCAUUUGCCUUGGCCUCCCACCUGACUGAGCUGGGCAGGUCCUCCUAGUUGCUUCCUUGUUAAUAGAACCGGAAAAGCACUUGCCCUGAGACAGUCAUUAAUUGUGAUUAGAAUGAUAAUGUGGCAGCAGGAACUAAAGCCCCCUCCCAAGUUCAGUUGCUCGGUCUGUCUUUUCCCCCCACCCCCUGUCCCAGGAUUCAAUACUAUCGGUCCCAUGGAAUCAGCUUAAGAGGGGACCCACCCCCUACUUUAUCUCCUGUGGGCUGUCUGUCCUUUAAAACUAAUUCAAAUCGGGUCAGAUGUCCUUUAUAAGGCUUGGGUGAUAUGGAUAAAGCUUUUGGCACCAUCUUUCAGAAAAUGGGAAAGAUAUUUAUCGUGUUCUUGUUGGUGGAUGAAAACAUUUCCCUAUGUAGAAGAGCAUUUGAAACCAUUAAUGUUUGUAUAGGUUUAAAAACCAGCGAGUUUAACUUGUAGAGCCAACUGCCAUUAUUGUUUGUGGCCCUAAAGAACUUCCUUCUACUUGAACUUCUCUCUCUCACACUUCUGUGACUAACUUUCUUACCAUUGUUUAUUAAAGCCCUUUAUAUUUGAUUACAUACCUUCCUCCCUAAAGUCUUCUGCUUUUGCCUCUUUGCUUGUUGCCCUCAGCAACGCCCAAAUCCCAUCUCUGGAGGAGGAGAGGACACUGGGUCCUGGGGGGUAAUUUGAGACUUGAUCUGAGAUGAAUGAAUUUGCAAAACCUCUGUUUCUCAGGCGGGGUCAGGAAUAAGCCUUUGUAUAGUGCCUACCAUAUGCUAAGCAAACAAUCAGUUGGCACAGAGGUUGCUGCUGUUAUUGCUGGUAUUCCCAUUUUCCAGGUGAGGGACUCUGGCAAGCCGGUUCUAUGAUUUGCCCACACAGACAGUAAGCGUCUUGGGCAGUAUUUGAACUCACACAGUCCUGACUUUGCAUUUCAGCUGCUGACUGUCUCAGCCCUAAGCUAUCUUAGAAUGCUCAAGGCCCUUUCAGCAUCUGUCUGGUUUGGACUUGGCUGGGCUGCCUCUGCCCGAUUUUUUUUGAGGUACGAAAGUAUUGACUCAACCUUUGCUUGUCAUUUUAGGUAAUCAUUGCCAAAUGAGGAGGAAAGGACGAUGCCAUCGAGUAUCUACAACCAGGCCCUCUUCUUCCCCGUGCAGUAUUAAGCACUCCCCUACUCGAGAGACCCUGACGUAUGCCCAAGCUCAGAGAAUGGUUGAGAUAGAGAUCGAAGGCCGCUUGCACAGGAUCAGUAUUUUUGACCCCUUGGAGAUCAUCCUAGAAGAUGACCUCACAGCUCAAGAGCUGAGCGAAUGUAACAGCAAUAAAGAGAACAGCGAGAGACCUCCGGUCUGUCUGCGAACGAAGCGGCACAAGAACAACAAGGUGAAGAAGAAGAAUGAUGCCCUUCCCGGUGCCCACGGUGCCCCUGCCGCUGCCAGCCCCCUUCCUGAGCCCCGGGUGCGGAUUGUCGAGUACAGUCCGCCCUCGGCGCCCAGGCGGCCUCCGGUCUACUACAAGUUCAUUGAGAAGUCAGCCGAGGAGCUGGAUCACGAGGUGGAGUAUGACAUGGAUGAGGAAGACUACGCCUGGCUAGAAAUCAUGAACGAAAGGCGGAAGGCCGAUGGCGUGUCCGUGGUGUCCCAGAACAUGUUUGAGUUCCUGAUGGACCGUUUUGAGAAGGAGUCCUACUGUGAGAAUCAGAAGCAGGGCGACCCUCAGUCUCUGAUCGACGGGAUGCGUUUUGGCAUCGCGGAUGGGGAUGCCAAAAUAGCAACUCUUCUCUUCGGACCUUGCAAUUUAGCGUUCCCAGGGUGUUAGGGGUGCCCACAUCCCGAGGGGGGUUCUGCGGACCUUGCAGGGCCCCCGGCGUCGACUGCGGUGUGCCCCAACAAGGGGUGCCUUAAAAAACGGGGAUGACGCUGGGGCCGGGCCCUGUGGAUUCCCGAGGUGGGGUUCGCCAACACGGUUUUCAUUGAGCCCAUCGACGGGGUGCGAAACAUCCCCCCAGCCCGGUGGAAGCUCACAUGCUACCUCUGCAAACAGAAGGGGGUUGGUGCCUGUAUCCAGUGCCACAAAGCCAACUGCUACACAGCAUUCCACGUGACCUGUGCCCAGAAGGCCGGCCUCUACAUGAAAAUGGAGCCUGUGAAGGAGGUGACGGGCAGCGGCACCACCUUCUCUGUCAAAAAGACUGCCUACUGUGAUGCGCACACACCCCCAGGUUGCAUCCGCAGGCCCCUCAAUAUUUAUGGGGAUGUCGAGAUGAAAAAUGGGGUUUGCCGGAAGGAGGGAGCCGUCAAAACUGUUAGGUCGACCUCCAAAGUCAGGAAGAAAACAAAAAAGGCCAAGAAAACCCUGGCUGAGCCCUGUACAGUUAUGCCCACGGUGUCCGCUCCUUAUAUUCCCCCUCAGAGAUUAAAUAAGAUUAUGACUCAGGUGGCCGUUCAGCGGAAGAAGCAGUUUGUUGAGAGAGCUCACAGUUACUGGUUACUAAAAAGACUGUCUAGGAACGGCGUGCCCUUGUUGCGGAGGCUGCAGUCCAGUUCACAGUCCCAAAGAAACACACAACAGAGAGAAGAUGAUGAAGAAAUCCAAGCUUUGAAGGAGAAGUUGAAGUAUUGGCAAAGACUGCGGCACGACCUGGAGAGAGCACGACUACUAGUAGAGCUUAUCCGGAAACGGGAAAAAUUGAAGCGAGAACAGGUAAAGGUGGAGCAAGUUGCCUUGGAGUUACAGUUGACGCCAUUCACGGUUCUCCUACGGUCAGUCCUGGACCAGUUGCAAGAGAAAGACCCUGCGCGCAUCUUUGCCCAGCCUGUGAAUCUGAAAGAGGUUCCAGAUUAUUUGGAUCAUAUUAAACAUCCCAUGGACUUUGCUACAAUGAGGAAACGGUUAGAUGCCCAAGGUUACAGAGACCUCAAUGAAUUUGAAGAAGAUUUUCAUCUCAUUAUAGAUAACUGUAUGAAAUACAAUGCCAAGGAUACCAUAUUUUAUAGAGCAGCCGUACGGCUGAGAGACCAGGGCGGGCUUGUCCUGAGGCAGACACGGCGGGAUGCCGAAGGGGUUGGUUUCAAUCAUGAAACUGGAAUGCACUUACCUGAACGGCCACAGUUGGAGCCUCCUCGGCCCUUUUCUUGGGAAGAUGUGGAUCGGUUACUAAAUCCAGCUAACCGAGCGCACAUGUCCUUGGAAGAACAGCUAAAAGAAUUACUGGACAAACUGGAUCUGACGUGUUCAAUGAAAUCCAGUGGGUCGAGAAGUAAACGAGCAAAGUUAUUAAAAAAAGAAAUUGCUGUUAUUCGAAACAAGCUAAGUCAGCCAAACAGCCAACCCCCUCCACUGGAGUCAGGUAUUGGGAGCUUUGAAGAGGAAGGGGCGCCAUUAGAACAGGAAGCAGAUGAGGAAGGAGAUAAAUCUCCCCCUAAACUUGAACCAUCAGAUGCAUUACCUCUUCCUUCAAACUCGGAGACUAAUUCAGAACCACCAACCCUCAAACCAGUAGAACUCAAUCCAGAGCAGAGUAAACUAUUCAAAAGAGUAAAAUUUGAUAAUGAAUUAUAUAGCACGUCCAUUCAGAAAGAAAUGGUAAAUGGACACACUCCAGAACAUAAACCUGACAGUAAUCUCAAUGAUUCGACAGUCUCUGCAGUAGCUGAGUCAUCCACCGAUGUAAACAGACGUACCUCUGUUCUCUUCUGCAAAUCGAAAAGUGUAAGCCCCCCCAAGCCUGCCAAGACCACUGAGACCCAGCCAACUUCUCCACAGCUAGGGACCAAAACCUUUUUGUCUGUAGUCCUUCCAAGGUUGGAGACACUUCUGCAGCCAAGGAAAAGGUCCCGGAGUGCCUGCGGAGAUUCCGAAGCGGAUGAGGAGUCCCCGGGAAAGCGCCUAGACACAGGUCUGUCCAAUGGCUUUGGAGGCGAAGCCAAGGAGCCAGAGCCGGACGACGGCCCUGGACGGAGAGUGGAGCCCCGGCGCCGCUGUGCGUCCGAGUCCAGCAUCUCCUCAAGUAACAGCCUGCUGUGUAACUCCAGCUUACCAAAGUGUGGCAAGGGCAAGCCGGCUCUGAUCCGAAGACACACGCUGGAAGAUCGGAGCGAGCUCAUCUCUUGCAUUGAAAACGGGAACUAUGCAAAAGCCGCAAGGAUCGCAGCGGAAGUUGGCCAGAACAGCAUGUGGAUUUCUUCUGAUGCAGCAACCUCUGUCCUGGAGCCUCUGAAAGUGGUGUGGGCCAAAUGCAGCGGCUACCCUUCCUACCCUGCCCUGAUAAUUGACCCCCAGAUGCCCCGGGUGGCCGGCCAUCACAAUGGCGUCACCAUCCCGGCCCCUCCCCUGGAUGUGCUCAAGGUUGGAGAGCAGAUGCAGACCAAGGCCGACGAGAAGCUCUUCUUGGUGUUGUUUUUUGACAAUAAAAGGAGUUGGCAGUGGCUUCCCAAGUCCAAAAUGGUCCCUCUUGGAGUCGACGAGACAAUAGACAAGCUGAAAAUGAUGGAAGGCCGGAACUCCAGCAUUCGCAAAGCCGUGCGGAUCGCCUUUGAACGUGCCACCAACCACCUGAGCCGCGUGCACGGCGACCCGGUCAGCGACUUCAGCGACAUCGACUAGGCGCCCGGCACGGCCGCGACCCCGAGCAGGCCUCCGGGGGGCUCGGACUCUCUCUUCCAAAGGAAUGUCCUGAAGAUCUAGCUCCGUAAUCAUUGAUGGAUGCGGUGGCCGAGCGCCCGCUCUGCUCGCCACCGCCCCGUUGAUUAAUGAUUGUAUCACUGCGUUGCUGCCGGGAGGAGCCCACACAACCCUGCUCCGAGUGUCUUUGUCCAUAGUGUCCCCGCCCCGCUGUACAUAGGUGUAUAUUGUUCAGAACUUAACUUAUUCUGGUUUUUAGUAGGAGUUCCUUCCUUCUUUCUUUGUCCCCAGCUGGGGGGGGGUGGGGGUGGUUUUACUCCAUGUUUUCUACCUGAAGCUGGGCAGCUGAGCACCGCUGGGCGGGCGGCCCGCCGGCCUCCCGGCGCCUCGGCCCCGGCCCUCUGGCCUACAAUACGGUGCUGCUCCUCUUCCUUUCCUGGGUCUGUGGCUUUUUUUUAAAGACUUUUGAAUGUUUUAAUAAUUUUUGUAAAUCAUCCUCUUUGCACAGAGUACCACUUAUUUAAUAAGACUGAUGUAAAUUUCCAAUGACAAAAAAAGUGUAUUUUAAGAAAAUGACCUUAUUUUGAAGGGUCCUCUGUGGAAAGAGGUGGAGAGUAAAUGUAUGCUAUGUACAUCACUUGCAAAUCACCAAAAACACUCCAUUGCUGCCCAGAAUGGCUCAGGAGCCCCUUGUUGUUUUCCUCGCUUUGCUUUGCUGGGGCUCUGAGCCCGUUUUUUCUUUCCCCCGAUCUUUUUCUCAUCUAGCUCCCUUCAGAAUCUCCUCCUCCCAUCCAUCUCCCAGUGACUUCAUUUUUUUUUUCCUAGGUGUGCCUCCCUGUGAUUUAUUUAUUGUAGAAAGUAUUAAUUUGCUUUAUAAUGAAAAAUAAAUUUGAAAAAGUCUAUUGAUAUGCAUUUUUAUACAGGCACAUGAGCGUUCAACUUGCUAUGGGAGAAACUUGUAUCAAAAUUGUUGUCGAAAAGGACCCGGUGGCUUGUGUGUAAUUGGGUUUUGUACCUUGUAAUCUUUUGUUUACAACGAGGGGAUUUCUGUAACGCGUUUUACUUUAGAACCCUUUGGUAGCAAUAGAAACUUUGGAUACCUUUUUGUAUGGUACAUGUGAUGUAUAUAGAAUUAGGACUUUAUUUUUAUUUUUAAGAGGUAAAGCAUUAUGUUAGGGCAAGAGGAGGGGGGGUUUCCAGAACUGCAUUUUUUAUAUUAAAAAAUAAAGUCAGGAUUUGGAUCGUUGUCGCCACUUUAUUCUUACAUUCACGGAAAUGCUGAGUCGGCAGCAGGGGCGAGGACGACGUCGUCUGCUGGCGGAGGACGGCUCCAUCGUGGAUCGGGGGCGGCCGUCACCGCCGAGCUCUUCCGCGGAGGCUAUUCCUCCGUGCCCGUGCCGCGCGUGGGCUGCCACGUCCGCCACCGAUACCUGCAAAGACCGUGGGUGCCCGGCUGCCAAUACUGGCUUAGCACAUGAGGCAAAGCUCGUAUUUUUCAUCUUCAAAAGAUUUAAUCGGUUAGCAUUUGUCAUUGUUUAAUCUCAGAUUUUUAUUUUAAAGGGUCAUUCAGUUACUUAAAAAAAAUAGCUUUGAUGUUUCUUUUAUAAAUUCUCCAUUGUUUGUAAUACCCCCUUAGAAGCUUUGAAAAUAAAAAAAAUUCUUUACUGCUCCUUGUC